GAGAGAGAGAGGUUUCUCUGACAGAUCCCCAACUAAAUCCAGUAAUGAUAAUCCUGGUAAGAAAUGGAAUAAUUAUCAUUUGUGAUUGUAAACCUUGGUCUGCAGGAUGGAAACAUACAAAUAGCGUGCUAGGAAAGUUCCCUUUAAUCCAUUUAAUCUUGUUCCUCUUCAUAUUAUACAGUGAGCAAGGGGUCUGUGCGGUGUGUUGUUUAUUUAAAAAUAACUACUGAGACUUCCUCUUUGUACCGUCACCUUGUUUUCUCAAACCGGGGUGAGCUUUCCUUUGCCAGAGGCUGAAGAUAAGCAGACAAGAAUACACAGAGGAAAAGAACACAGCUAGAAUUCAGCAGAUAGGGAGGGAGCAGGAUGGCUGAGCCUGAGAAAAUCCCUGAACCAGCCCCACGACGAAUCUUCCAAGAGAGACAGAGGAUUACUGCUCUGCCCCUGUACUUUGAAGGGUUUCUAUCUAUCAGACGUGCACAGCACCAGGAUUUUGAACAGUACUGGACAGAACUCAGAGGAACUACACUUUUCUUUUAUAGUAAUAAGAAAACCCCAACUUAUUUAGAGAAACUAGAGCUGACGAAUUUGACAUCAGUAGUGAACGUUUAUCCAGAUGAAAAGUGCGGUGCACAGUUUAUCCUGAUGCUGAGAAAUGAGAAAGUGGAGCUGAAGGUCGAGGACUAUGACAGUGGGGAGGAAUGGAAAGGCUUUAUCCUCACAGUCACACAGUUGUCAGUUCCAGUGUGUAUAUCACUGCUACCUGGACAACUUAUUAAGCUGCAUGACGUGCUAGAGAAAGAAAAGAAAAGGAGGACUGCAGUGGAAGAGUCAUCCAGUGCAUCUUUGAGCACAGAGGAGACAAACAAUGGAGACUAUGUUAACAUACUGAACACUAUGCCAGAGUGCUUCUAUGCAGUGUCACGGCAGAAAGCGAUUGAGAUGUUAGAGAAGAAUCCUUCUUGGGGGAACUUGAUCCUGCGGCCUGGUAGUGACAGUAAGAACUACUCAGUCACUAUCAGACAGGUGAUAGAUGGUCCAUGCAUAAAGCACUACCGAGUGAUGAACAUGGGCAAAGGUUACACAAUUGAACUGGCAAGACCAGUUAUAUGCCCGAGCCUUCGUGAUGUCAUUGAUUACUUUGUGAAUCAAACCCAAGGGAGCCUGAAGCCAUUUGUCACACACACGUAUGACAACAAAUUGGCUGAACUUUCUUUAGAGCAUGCCCCAAGAGACAUGCACCCAGCGAUUGUCUCUCAGCCCAGAGCCAAGCCUCCCCGGCGCCCUAUGCCUGAGAAAGAAACAGCACCACUUCAGCAGUAUCCUGUAGCCAGAUACGUGCAUGAAACUCCUGGCAAAGAGAUGAAAAAAAGAGUGAAGAGACAAGCAGCUGACAGACAACGUGCAAAUCAACCCCUUUGAAGUGGAAAAUGUAGGAAGGAUGGACAUUUUCUUAGGGGGAAAAAAGUCAUAUUCUAGCUCCCGAAAUCCCUGUAGGCUAAAUUUAGUAGCACAGUCUCACCUUGUAUCAACAAAUCUCAGAAGCUGGUGGAAUAAAUUACGGCACAUUAAACUGGAUAUCUGUUUCCCAAGGUUUCCAGUUGGUCAAAAUAAAGUCUAUCUCCAUGGCUCUAAGCACAUUUGUUUCAGCAACUUUAUGAGACUUUCUGGGACACAGUAG